AUGAUUGAAUCUAUUGAGUUUUUGUAUCUUCAAAAUGCAAUUGAAAUGAAAUGUUAUGUUGAUGAAGAAUCAACAACUAACCAUAGUUUCGGAAUAUUUAAUGAAUAUAUUGUUGUUUAUGGAUAAGGUAUAGAAAGUUUGAUUAUUGAUUAAGAUUUUAAAUUGAUUAAAAAAUUAGACUUGCAAUGCCAAUUAGCACAUUGCAAAUUUAAUAAUUAAUUACUGACUGCUGAUGAUUUUUGA